GCGCACGAGGGCCGCACGGGCUGCGUGGUCACGUGCCUGCUCGACCGGCGGCGGCCCCGGCAGCAGACGAUCUCGUACCUCCUGGACGGGGAGGACCUGGGCGUGGCGUUCCGGCUGCCGCCGUGGAUGGCCGAGGUGGCGCUCCUGCCGGCCGUCUGCGGCCGCGAAGGCUGGCGCGUGGCCGUCCGCGGCGGCGGCCUGCGGUUCCCGCCGCCGCCGCCCUACCGGCCGCUGGAGGAGCUGCUGCCGCAGGACGGCGCCCAGGACGAGGCGGCGGAGCUCGCGAGGGCCCGCGCGCUCUUCGCCCCGGCCCCGGCGGAGGACGCGCGGGACCUGAGGCGGCUGGACGUGCCGGGGGAGAGCCUCGUGGAGCUCGCGAGCACCGGCGACGAGACGCUUGACCGGGACCAGCUCGAGCGGUGGCUGCGGGAGGACUGCGAGCUCCCCGCGGGUUCCUGGCAUCUCGAGCUCUCCGAGUCGGGGCACUCAGGCGUCGUCGCCUUUGCCGACCACCGGGCGGCGCGCGGGGCUCUGAGCGAGCCUCCACCGAUGGCAGCGGCGCGCCGCCGCGAGGACUUCUCGGAGGCCGCAGAGGAGAUCCUCCUGGCCUUGCGGCCAGAAGAGCGCGGCGGCACGAGCGACAAGGUGGCGCGCCGCUUCAUUGCAGGACCUGCCCGCACCGCCCAGCCGUGCGCAACGAAACAGAACAGAAAAAAGCAGCCGCCCGCCCUCUGCCCGCGCAGCGGCUGUGGAUGCGCGGGCCCCCAGUGGGUGCAGCUCCGCGUGAGCCUGCAGAGGGGGAGCCUCAGCGGGCCUGGGCCCGAGCUGGCCCUGCUGGCCUGCAUGCUCCGCGUGCCUCGGGUCUUUGGCGCCUUGACCUUUCUGCCCCUUCCCGAGGGGCAGCUCGGCCUCGACGUCCUCACCAUGUCGUGCCAGGUGGCGGCGAGGAGCGGUUCUGCGCGGUGGCGCACGCGCAGCGGUUUGCCGGCCAACGAGGGCGAGCCCGCGCCCCGAGCCCGGGCGCCCCCGCCGCCCGCGGAGCCGCCGGCGGUGUUCGCUUCGCCAGCCGCCGCGACCAGCCGCCAGCCCGUGGAGCUGGAGCAGGACUCGGCGGCGGCCCUGGGCGGGCGCGCCGGCUCUGAGGAAGCGCCCAGCGGCAAGCCCAGCGGAGGCGCCCCCGCCGGCGCCGAGCAGCCGCCCCGCGGAGCAGCGCGCGAGCAGGGGCCCGGGGAGGAAGCGCCCGACGACCGCUGGCAGGCGCUACAGGCGGAGGUGGCGUCGCUCGCCCGCUCGCUGGCGGCCCUGAAGGACGUCCGCGGCAUGCAGCAGGAGUACCUCCAGCUGCUCCGGGCGGGCUGCUGA